UUGCACUCCGCAACACCACCUCAGCUCAGAAGUUACUCACACCUUCUCCAGAAAACAGGCAAAACUGGGUGCCUGCAACCAUUGGAGAAAGCAGACAUGGUCCAUUCUUUUGCUCUUGACGACAGCAAACAAAAGCUGAGCUGAAACCAUUGCAGAUCCUAGAGAUGUGUUGCUCUUUGCUAGAUCUCUCCAAGCUCCUGAAUAACUGAACAUUAAUUGUGUCAGGAAAGGAGAAUCUAUUUAUGGCUGCCAACGCUGAAGAAGGGAUGCUCGGGAGCAUCUUCCCCAUCUUCAUUGCUGCGUUGCUCUUUGCCGUCACCGUGUGUUUCUUAGUUUUGUGUACUCUCUGCCAAAGGAAAAAUAGAAUCCCUGCGCCAGAUGGAGAAUUGCUAGCUGAAGCAACAGAGCUCUCGUCCCUCAGAGGGUCAGUCACAACUGUGCAGAAACUCGGCAGGACAAAUUCAAGAGCAAAGAACCUUAGUCCAGCCACGAUUACUAUCCCUUGCGAUGAUGACGGGACCAUCUCCAGUUGCAGCUUCAUCAUCCUUCCCCAGAGAGAGCUGCCGCAGCCUCCUUCAGCCGAUCCAGUGUCCCCGGAGCAGACCUACUCCAACCUGACGUUCCUCAAGCGAUCCCAGGAAGUGUUGUAUGAAACGGUGGCAGUGAAAGGAAACGAAGAGAAAGAACCCGACCGAGUUGCAGAGGAGACAGUUGCUGGCAAGGACCCAGUGGACCACGAAACAGCAGAUGGGUACGCCAAGGUCCAGAAAGGGAAGAAGAAGAAGAAGACAUUCCCCGAACCGGAGACGAGGACCAAACCGACCAUACAGGAGUCAGACUCAACAGCCACGGCAUCGACCCCUACAACACUGAAGUUGGAGGAAAUGUAUGCAGUGGUGUGCAAGGACAAGAAGAAGAAGAAGGCCAAGAAUGGGGUAGUUCUUGGCAAAAACGGAGGACCCCAAGUGGAAAGGAGCCGGGGAUGUUGCCAGGCUGAGUCUGUUCCCCAGGCGUCCGAAGGGAAGGAAGGGCCCCAGUCCUCAUUGUUUCAGCCCCACUUCAUUGAACCCUGCUAUGCCUCCAUUAGCUGUGAACCCAGGGCUGAUUUUGGUGAGAAGGAAAUUGAAGAACCCGCCUAUGAGACUGUGGAAACGCACUGGAAAAAGCCGAGGAAAAAGGGAAAGCCAAAGAGCAAAGCCGCGGCUGCCACAGAAAACUUGUACGAAAGUAUCGAAAACUUGGCGUUUUAAUUCUAGAAUUGAAGAAGGACAUCUGACUUUGAAAUCUGGAUGGAUGUUUUCCACUAUCUCUUCAAUGGGAUAUUUCUUGAUUGGUGAAAUGAACUGCAUAAAUAUUAGAAGGUAGCAGUCCAAGACUUCUUCAUACUCACUAUCAAAGGCUACCCAAAGUUGGAUACUGACAACUAGCUGCUUUGUGUCUCAAUCAAGAUAAAAGCGGGAUGUAAAUAAAGAUUAUAAUAAUAUUGAUUGCCACAUUCAUAUCAUCAAUGAAUCUUUCUGCAUCAGGCCAGAAUAUUUUUUGCUCUCCAAAUUCACUAUCAAGGAGACUCUUUUGGAGUAAUUUUUGAGCUCUUUCCCAAACUCCGGUUUAUUCUGGUGCAACACUAGUCAUUCAUCUCUCAAACCAACCUAAGAAAAAUGUGCCAUACUUGAAACACAGAUUCCCCCCUUUGACCCACUUUACAUCUUGGUGUGGUUUGGGGGAGGAUGGACCACGGAUGAUGGGAACUGCAGUACCUUCACUCACUUCCAGAGAUCACUGUAACACCCACAAAUGACAGACCUGGAUCUAAUUUGGCACAUAGACUCUCCAUGAUGUACUUUACAUCCUGAUGAGGUUUGGAAGAGGAUGGACCAUGGAUGAUGGGAUUUGCAGUACCUUCACUCACUUCCAGAGACCACUGUAACACCCACAAAUGACAGACCUGGAUCAAAUUUGGCACAUAGACUCUCCAUGAUGUAUUUUACAUCCUGAUGAGGUUUGGAAGAGGAUGGACCACGGAUGAUGGGAUUUGCAGUACCUUCACUCACUUCCAGAGACCACUGUAACACCCACAAAUGACAGACCUGGAUCAAAUUUGGCACAUAGACUCUCCAUGAUGUAUUUUACAUCCUGAUGAGGUUUGGAAGAGGAUGGACCACGGAUGAUGGGAUUUGCAGUACCUUCACUCACUUCCAGAGAUCACUGUAACACCCACAAAUGACAGACUUGGAUCAAAUUUGGCACAUAGACUCUCCACUUUACUUCCUGAUGAGGUUUGGAAGAGGAUGGACCACAGAUGAUGGUAACUGCAGUACUUUCACUCACUUCCAGAAACCACUGUAACCUGCACGAAUGACGGACUUGGACCAAACUUGGCACGCAUGGUCGGAUAAAACCCUUGUGCCGGCUGGACUGCUGACCUGAAGGUUGGGUUGCUGACCUGAAGGUUGCCAGUUCGAAUCUUCAAGAUGGGUUGAGCUCCUGUCAGUCAGCUCUAGCUUGCAGGGACAUGAGAGAAGCCUCCAAGCAGGAUGAUAACACAUCUGGGCAUCCCCUGGGCAAUGUCUCUGUAGACAGCCAUUUCUCUCACACCGGAAGCAACUUCAAGUAUGUUCCCAAGUUGCUUCUGACACGAUAAAAAAGAAAAAAGAAAAAUGUGGAAUACUGACCCAAUGGACAAGGGUUCUGUUUAAUUCCAAUGCAAACCUUUUUUAAAAAAACGAACAAAGGCAUUCUUUAUUUCUUUUCUCCUACUUGCUUUCACUUUGCUUUUUUUAAAAAAAGAAACUUUAUAUGUCUCAUGAAACUAAAAUAGCUUUUCUGCAAAUACACAUGGUUUUGGCAAUAAACAUGAAAACAUGAACUGGUGAGUAAUUGGGAGGAAAAACUACCCAAGUGACAUUUUUAGCUCGAAAGAUGUUAGAGGCAUAAGUUUUUGUCAUCUGAAGGA